UGGCCACUCCACAACGCGUAUAUAUAAAGGUGGAUUGGAGUUCUGCAUUUUGGAAGAAGUUGAAUCAGUAAGAUUUUACUUCGCUUGGGAUCAACAUCGAGAUGCAGCGUCCCGGCAUCGGAGCCUCACGAUACGCCAGCACCGGGCUCAUUUUACUGGUGCUGCUGAUGACGCAAUUGACGACAGCAGUUCCUCAACAACGGAGAGCUGGAAAUAAGCAAAGGGGAACGACAACUAGAGCCCCCACCACUCCAAGAGCACUGACUAUAUAUGAGAAACUGGAUGCAGCCGACAACAAGGAGGGAGGAAUCGCUAAAGGGAUUGAGAAUUUCAAGAUGAUGAUUGGCGGCAAAUUCAACUGGGAACAUCUUCUCUCGCCUGCACCGCUCAGCGUCUCCGUUCUCGGUGACCUGAUGGUGCUCUCCAGCGUGGCUCAGGAUUUCUCACUGGAAAAAGGUCGCCCGGAAAAUGGAUUCCAGUACAUGGAGUUCCCCAAGAGCUUCCGCGCCACUCUGGUACAGAUCAGCAACACAGGCUACACUACGUUUCUCAAGGCCCACACCAAUAUGGACCAGAUCCGGCUGCACACGAUGGCCGUUCCGGCUCAAAUGAAGGAGGCAACGACUAUCCUGUUCUCCAGGAAUCCUGCAGUUAUCGAAAAGUUUAUAAGCCUUCCUCUUCAGCGCGUUCUAAGCUCCAGCCAAAGUUGCGUCACGCUGUCGCAGGACGUGGUCGAUGGCUUUGAAAGCCUUAUCUCUUUGACGAUGGAAGUCAUCGCCGUUUCGACAGCCACCAAGGGCAUCUCAGAAGUGGAACAGGCAAACAUCAAUCGCCAGUUAAAGACAGCUAACGCCACUUUGGCCGAAAAGAGACACAUGAAGGACCUACUCGAAAAAGAACACUCCGAAAUGAAAGUUCUUUUAGAGAAAAACCAACAAAUCUACGAGAAAACCUUGGAUGGCAUUCCGACCGGUUGGCAAACUGUCUCUAUGAAUUUCUUCGGAGGGAUAGCCAAUUUAUUCUCACGAAAACUCAAUUCGGCUCUGGACGAAGAAGGUACUUCACCUUCGGUUCCACCGGAGUCACAAAGCGGUAAAGGGGCAGAGUUCGUCGACUCGAGUUCCUCUGACUCUGACCGUUACUACAACAACAAAUAUCGGUCAAAGAACAUCCAAUGUUUGCAAAAGUCGAACAUUCUAGAUAGCAUCAUCGAAAUACAAGAGAUGGCAAACAAACUCGACGAAAGAGACGAGGAAUUCAAGCCGUUGAAUUUGGCAUCGAAUGGCGGAUUCAAACCAAAGGAAGAUUUAAAAGUACUGAAAGGCAUUAGUAAUCAACACUUUAAAUGCUCUCCGGUUGAGGACAGUGUUAAAUCUCUUCGAAAAUUGUUAACGACACUGAAAGAGUAUUUCUCUGAGUUAGCAAAACCUCAGGAAGUCGCCGCCAAUAAAACGAAGGCGGCAAAUACUACAGAGGAGGAAAACGAGAUUCCAGUCACAACUGCAACUAAACCAAUGUCACUGUUAGAGAGUGCCAUCAAAGAAUUGGAGGCAGUGAAGGAGUUGACUCACUGGAUGCGUGCCAAAGCCUCGGAGGGAAAACAGCCGAUCCAGAGCAAGAGCCCGCUGUCUCCGCCCACGCCGAAAGGCGGCCUUCCAGGCGACAACGCCGUGGCCAACGCCCGUUUCAAGGUGACGCAGGCCACCGAGGUGUUGAGGCAAGCGCGAGAGAGUGCCGAAAGUACCCGAGCCCAGAUGAUCCAAGUCAACAACGAGUACAUUCAGUACAUGGAAAAAGCCCAAAGCCUUCAAAUCGAGUCGGUGUCGUACGACGAAAUCAUCAAAAUGCUGUCGGAAGGCCUGGACAUCCUCAGCAAACUAAAGGGCCACUGGGACAAGCUCAAUCGAUUUUUCCUCACCAUCAACAAUUUGAUCAAAAUCACGAUGGACACUGAGCUCAGGAUGUUUGUCAAAAAAUUGGAGAGUGCCAAAGACGUCAAAAUCCUGACGGACGAUGUCGGUCUCCAGUUAACUGCCAAUCUCAUCUUCGAGUCGGCCAUGAAAGCCAAUCAGGCGAGCUUCUACGUCUAUUCCAUGUCCAGUUUGUAUGUCAAAGUCUCCGACAACCACAUCAUGGACAGCCUGGCCAGUUUAGACACCAUGAUCAACAUGGAUCCUAAGAAACACGACAUUCAGUCAGUAAGGAAUAAAUUGCUGGCCAAAUGCAAGAAAGACUCGGAGGAGAUCAUCAAAUUGGUCCUCGACGAAAAGCAGAAACUUGUUGAAGCAAUCGACACGCGCGAGAGGGAAAUUAAAGAAUCCUACGCUUUUCUCAAGAAAAUUCCCCGGACGCAAAUAGCGACGACACCGCGACCCAAGUCGAGGGGAAGACCGACAACAGCGAAUCCUGUUUCGAACGAUGACGAGUACGAUUACUCAGAUGGUGGGGAUGAAGAACAAGAAACGGACGAUUCCGCUGACUACGGUGAGCCGCAACCUGAAGAUCUUGAAUCGGCUUUCGACAUACCCUUAUAAAUGGUCUUGUUCUAUCAAUCAAUCCUCUAUCAAGACUCAAGAGUAAAUACUGACGUAUUCCUCGAUCUAUCUAGAUUUCUCUUCAAAGGUGAUUAUUGAUUACUCUUCAAUAUGAAUCUGUUUAGAUAUUUCCUACAUGUCAUUGUCUCAGUAGAUGCUGUGUCUGUAUACAAUACACAAAUAUUAGUGCAAAGUA